AUGGAAACUCCCCAAUUCUUGCAUAUUCGUGAUUCUCUACAGAUGGUGUGGGUCCUGAAGGGAAAUUCUUUAAUAGCAGUUCCAUCUAGCAACAACGUCAAGCCUGUCAUUCUUGCCUUAGUAUCAUGUACAGACCAAAAAUUGAAAAAGGAAGAAAAAGAUAAUCUGGUUUACCUGGGAAUCCGCGGCAUGAAUCUCUGUCUCUUUUGCGCAGAAAUUCAAGGCCAGCCUACCUUGCAGCUUAAGGAGAAAGACAUCAUGGACCUGUACCGUAUGAGUGAAGGGCAGAAGCCUUUUCUCUUUUUCCGCAUUUUAGAGGGCUCCACCUCCGCCUUUCAGUCUCUCUCCUACCCUGACUGGUUCAUAGCCACCUCCUCCAUGGCUGGACAGCCCAUCACUCUCAGCAAGGAGAGGGGCAAAACUGACAACACUAACUUCCAUUUAGAGGUUUAGAACUAAAUUCAGCCUGGGCUGUGGGUGUCUGAUCCCAGGACAGAGGAGCAAGCAGUCAGAGACUCUUCUGUGUGAAAACACAACAGGGCAUCUUAAGAGACCGCCGUGCACUGAUGCCCAUCCAUAGCCCACCUCAUUCUCGUCACCCAAAAACCACCUCCUCCUCUCGACAUCCAUUUCCACACCAUGUCCCCCAUUUGAACGGCAUCCCAAUAUGACACCUAAGAGUCACUUUUUGUUCCUUCCUGGGCUUGUUCCACAUCCACUUAGCUGCCAAGUCCAGUCAAGUCAACAUCCCAAAAGCUUCUUGUACACAACCCUCUCUUCCUAAUCCUUCUGAAAACCUAUGGCCUAGAGAUGUGAACUUCAAACAUUUUUAUUC